AUGUCUCCCAAGUUUAGCAUUUUAAUUGUGCUGCUAGCACUUCUAUGCUGCUUCAGCCAGACUACACUAGCCAAAAAGCGACGACCAAGUCAGGACGAAAACCCCGAACAAGCGCAGAUUGCACUACAAAGCAACAACAAGGAUAAUGAUAAUGCAGCUCAGUUGUCUGAAAACAACAACGAGCUUGAGAACAUUCCCGGGCAAGAGACCAGGCUUGAAGCAGUGCUGAAAAAUGGCGCUCUGGAACCCGAUACCGAUGAUGAGGAUAUCGACGAUGAUGAUGAUGAUGAUGCCGAUCAUGGCACUCGACGUCGUCGUCGGCGUCGUGGUGGCAGACGACGCAGUAGAAGACGUCGUGGCCGUGGCAGAAGAAGGGGCCGACGAGGUGGUAGAAGAAGACGUCAAAGAGGUUAA